AUAUUGCAAUACAUUUCACAGGAGGCUUUGAUGCCAAAUCAUCUGGAAAUUAAAUCACAGGCAUAUGGCUUAAUCUAAAGGAAUGUAAUAGUGAGUGCAAGACUGAUUCAAUUACUGUAAUAUCGUAUUCAGGUAUAAAUGAAUGUACUCUAAACCUUUUAAGGGAGAUUGAAUUUGCAUGUUUUAACAUAUUUACAUAAUUCAGCACAAUUCAACUAGAUCUCAGGUUCAGAAAAACGUCGGGCCUGUAAUGAAUACAUAUAUAUGUCGAUAUUAUCUCUCAUAACUUAUCUGUCACCCGUUUUUUCAUUCAGAAAAUUCGGUUCUGCUAUUUUUAUAGCUCGCUGCGGAAGAGCAGACGAACGCCGGGCGUCAGGGCUCCAGUCGGGCGUGUCUCGGGUCCGACUCCGUCUCCUACACCUGCAGAUCUCAGUCCCGAGAGUAGCCGGGGUCGUGCAACUCCGGGUCCAGCCCAACUCUCGCCGGCUGCGCUUUCUUCCGCCCUGUCUUGCGUGAGCUCCUGCGGGGCGCUGGGCGAGCAUGCUCAUUGGGGCGCAGACGGGGGUUCCGUGGUUGUUUUGAAACGGCAGGCGGCGCGCUGGGUGGGGUGAGCAGACUCCGACUCCAGGCUGAGCAUUGAGCUCUGUAGCGGAGCGGACCCGUCCCGUUUGUCCGACAGCAUAGGGGAGAAGAGGAAAACCAGAACAAGACGAACGCGGGCGAGAUGGGGGAGCUGAGCGAGGACUCGUUGCUGGAUUACUUGCGUGCGGCGGGAGGGCGAGUGAAGAAUUCGGACCUGCUGAAGGCUUACAAAGAGUACAUCGGUCACAGCGACCAGCGGCUGCGCGCCACGUACAGGGAGCAGUUCAAAGCCAUCGUGGAUAAGAUCGCCGUGGUCAAGACAGCGGAGAACGGCGAGAAGCAGCUCGUGCUGAGGAAGAAGUUCGCCCCGCAGGGGCCCAGGCCUGCCGCGAGGGUGCAGUGGGACGGCGGGGAGGCCGCCGCGGGGUCAAGCCCUCAGGCGCAGGCCGGCACGCGGGGCGCAGCGGCGGGGAGCCCCAAGGAGCAGAAGAAAGCUGUCCUGGUCCCCUGGGAAAUGGCUCCUGCGAUCACUGUUGCGGAGACUCCGGAGCCCUCUCGGCCUGAGGAAAGGCCUGCCCCACCCCUGGCCCUGGAGCCGGACGAGCCCCCGGAGGCAGCUCCGCUCCGGAGAAUCCCCGAGGAUGGGAGAGCGGAGGAGCCCGGCGAGGAGUCGCCGACCCCCAGCCUGCAGGAGGAGGAGCCCGAGCCUGACGCGGUGUCAAAGUCGGAGUCGGAGCGGGACGACGACGGCUCGGGGAGCGUGGGGUCCCACGGGGUGGCGCUGGAUCCGCUGGAGAAGGAGUGGAUGCGCUCGGCAGCGUGCGGGCAGCUGGCCCACCUGGCCCAGCUCCUCAAGCAAGAGCCGUCCCUGGCCUGCAAGAAGGACUUCACCUCUUUUACGGCCCUGCACUGGGCUGCCAAGCACGGCCGGGAGGACAUGGCCGCCGCGCUGGCCGGAGCCGGGGCGGACGUCAACUGCAGAGCGCAUGGAGGAUACACUCCGCUUCAUAUUGCAGCCUUGCAUGGACACAGGCACAUCAUAGACCUCCUCAUCCAGACCUAUGGUGCCCGGGAGGACCUGCGAGACUACAGCGGGCACAAGGCUCUCCAGUACCUCGGCACGCAGGAGAUCCACAAGGAGGGAAGAGACCUGCAAUACCCGGUUCCUCAAGGCAGCGAGCGCAGGACCAAGAAACUGGGGUCCCUCUUCCAGCCGAAGACCGCGGGGGGCAGCACCAAGAAGAAGUGGGGCUCGGUGGAGGACCUGGCGGGCUCGGACGAAAAGGGGGGACCCCAACUGUUGAUCCCCCCCACGUUCAGGCCCAGGAAGUUCUCCCGCUAGAGUCGGGUGGGGGCUCAUGGCCGGACAGAGACCCCAGCCAGCACCGCACCGCCGAGCUCUGCCUGUCUGGGCCGGGCCGGGCUGUGCGUCC